GAUUCUAAAUUGCGUGCGUGUGUUAGUGUGUGUAUUGUGGCGGGUGUGUGCGCUGUCACGGAUCACAUGACGCAGAAUAUGGCCUCCUGACUUGACUCCUUCCUCUUGACAGUCGACAGCUGUGUCUUCUAGCUCUGUAUCCACCGAAAAAAAAAACGUUAAUUAAACUCCGAAUCUAGCACUCCAGACCCUCCCGAGCUACGGCCACACCGAAUAACGGACCAUGGCGGACCAAGCAUAUGUGACGCUGGCCACAAAUGACAACUAUGCCAAAGGAGCGAUGGUUCUGGGGAGGUCGCUACGCAACCAUAACACAACCAAACAACUGGUGGUUCUGAUUGGACCUCACGUAGCAGAGCCCUGCAGGGCCAUGCUGAGUAGCAUCUAUGACGAGGUGUGUGUGGUGGAUAUCUUGGACUCUGGGGACACGGCCCACCUGGCCCUGAUGAAGAGACCAGACCUCGGAGUGACCUUCACCAAGCUGCACUGCUGGACACUCACACACUACACCAAGUGUGUGUUUAUGGAUGCAGACACACUGGUGUUGUCCAACAUUGAUGAGCUGUUUGAGAGGGAGGAGUUAUCUGCUGCACCUGAUCCUGGUUGGCCAGACUGUUUCAACUCAGGCGUGUUUGUCUUUAAACCGUCCAAUGAAACAUACCGCAGCCUUAUGACACACUGCACUGAGAACGGCAGCUUUGACGGUGGGGACCAAGGAGUUCUGAACAGUUUCUUCAAUACCUGGUCAACAGCAGACAUUUCCAAACACCUGCCUUUUAUCUACAACCUCAGCAGCAUCGCUAUAUACACCUAUCUACCAGCCUUCAAACAGUACGGUCAUGAGGCUAAGGUGGUCCACUUCCUGGGGAAGGUGAAGCCAUGGAGCUACUCCUAUGACACCCGGACUGGGAAGGUCAAAGGUCACACCCUGACCCCUGGCUCGGGUGACCUGCACCCUGACUUCCUGGUUCAGUGGUGGAACCUCUACUCCUCUGGGGUCCUACCUGCUCUCAGAGACUCAUAUGGAGAUGCACUGUUCUGCUCUGGCUGCACUGAGGAGGAGGUCUGUGACAGUGUGGUUGAGAUCAUCCUCCCCCCGCCUCCCCCUAAGGCGCCCCAGGUGUCCAGUGAGGAGAGGAGGCAGCGAUGGGAGGCGGGCCUGGCGGACUACAUGGGAGCCGACUCCUUCGAAAGCAUCCAGAGGAAACUAGACUGCUUCCUCAAGUAGAGGGCCAGAGGAGGGAUGACGGAUGGAAAGGGCAUCUAUUGGCAGGCCUGAGAUGUGUCAGUCAGGGCGGGGACAAACAGGCAUUUGACCAAUCAGAAGAGAAAGCGGUAGAGCAUGGCGUAUUGAAAAACAGUCCCAUCCUGGGCCUCUCUCUCUCUCUCUCUCUCUCUCUCUGUUUUUCUCUCUCGGUAUGUGUGUGCGCAUGUGUGUUUGUGUGUUCGCGUGUGGCCUGGUCCUGCAGAAAUAACCCCUGCAGAGACUGGUCCAUUCAGUGUUUGAACACCAGUUUACUACACUAUGCAGCCCCCAUACCACCACCUCAGCGCAGAAGCCUUGGUCAGUAAGUAAUGACUCAGUAAUAACCUCACUGUGACUCUGCCUCACCAAGUCCCAUCCAGACCCCAUGACUCUAACAGCUCUAACCCAGUUACUCAGUCAAACCUGAUAAUGAUAGGGCAGUUGUGCUUUUACUCUUUAAAUUAUUCAGUGAUAUGUCGGUAUGAAGUAUUUCCCUCUAUAAAAUGGAAUAACUGUUAUUUUGUUUAAGGUUUGCAUCCCAGUGGUUAUUUCUGCUCUCCAUAUGCGUGUUGUGCAUGGUUGUCUCUUUAUAUUAGGAUUAUUGUGCAGGAAGCCCGUUUCUAAAGUGGAAAACCCACCGUAGCACUUGUCAUUUCGUCAUGUCCUGUUUGUUGUCAUCUCUUCCUGAGGGGUUUCAUCACUUCCUGUGUAGUCUGACCAGUUGCCUUACCACUAUCAAAGACUCUUAUUUCACAACUAGGCCUAUUCUAGUUGUGGCCGUUCACUGUUUACAGAAAACACUUCUCUGCUGCUGCCAACCCCCCCCCCUCCACCUCUACUCCAUUCAACCCUCCUACAGACCUACCUCUACCCUCCUCCAGCUCCUCUCUACUCCAUUCAACCCUCCUACAGACCUACCUCUACCCUCCUCCAGCUCCCCUCUACUCCAUUCAACCCUCCUACAGACCUACCUCUAUGCUCCAACAUCAACACCCUGAUGUCUCUUCCUCUCCCUGAAGUGUGUACCUUCAUCCCACCUUGUGGAUUUAAAAGGAAUGGCCUGGUGUGAGGAAAAUCAUGUCAGAUAUUAUUUUGACAUGGUGAAAACUCAAGUCCAUGAUUAAUCCAAUGCGUUCACAUCCAUGAAGGGGACUGAGUGAGCAGGACAAGUGCACACGGGGGCAUAAGGCCAGUAGGGAAUCCUAACACACACAGCCUAAAAUGAUAUAGUAAGUAAUGGGACGUAAUAGUUUUGUGGUCCCUCUUAAUACACCCACAAACGGCUCUAUAGAGAAGUUUCCAAACGCUGUGAAACCUUGUGUGUUCUGAACACACCCCGGUAGUUCUCACUGUUUCUGUUUUCUGUAGACACCUAAUAAAGGACUGGUGAAGAAGUC